UAUUCUAUUGCACUUUAUACUUAAUAUAUUUAAUGUAAAACACUAUGGCUGUAAAUCCCAUAAAAUAUUUAAGUAAGGAUUUAAUUGAUAAACCAAUACCUCUGGACGUGUGGCUGCAAGGAACAAUUGAACAAGUUGUAGGAAAUAACAUAUUAAUAAUCUCAGAUAACUUUGGAAAAGUGAAAAUAACAAAAUUGGAAUCAGCUGAUGGGGUCGUGGAUACCAAGAGUUUAUGCAAAGGUACAUAUUGUUGCAUAAUAGGUGUGGCAGUAAACACUAAAGGUCUUCCAGAAGUUCAGGCCACUAAAUUUAUAGACCUGAGCAUGCAGCCUCAAAUGAAAAUGACUUGGGAGACUGAAGUACAAGAAGCACAAUUAUUACUACAAGGAAAAAUAUUACCAACAAUCAAAUAAAAAGGUUACAUGAUUAAAAAAGGUGGAUUAAGAUGUUAAGAUGACUAAAGUGAGAGAAGAUAGGUUGAUCUGGAGAAUGAAAAAUUGGUUCGCGGAACCUACAUGAUUGUUAUAAGGACAGGGAGAUGAUCAAAUGAAAAAACAUUAUAUUUAUAAAACAGUCUAUUUUUCCCCAACCUCUACAAAUAUAAUCUGGAAUGAAGUAUAAAAAAUAUAAUGAUGGCUCCUACAUAUACUAUAGUAUGUUUCAAAUGCAAAUUUUGCAAGACAAAACUUUAAACAUCAAUACAAUUAAUUAUGCUGUCUCAAACAUAUAUUAGACAACA